AGAAAUAUGUUUAUAGCGCCUUCUUUUUCAGAAUGAACAUAAGCAAGUGGUGGAUGAAAGAACUCGUUUACUUUCUGAAAAAGCUAAAUUAAAAGAAAAGCUGCAAGAUGCUGAAGCUGAUAUUGAAAGUCUUAAACUUGAGAUCAGGCCAGCGAUCAGGCACGUUUGCAUAAUUAUAAUCGCAGAUGUAUGCACUGCUGAGGAAAAUUUGAGUAGCAUUAUUUCGAGUGAGCUGGAGCGACGUUUUGAAGAAUCUCGAUAUCGAGUACAAUGUGCAUUGGAUGAAAAACAUGAGCUGCAACAAGAACAUUUGGAAUCUGAAACUGCUGAAGUCAACGUUCUUCGUGCUGAAACAGAAGAACACCGUGAAUAUGCCGAACAACUUGAGAAACAAUUUUCUGCUCAAGUGGCUAUUAUUGAAGCUUUAAAAGCGAAGUUGUUAGAGGUAAGUUGCAUUAAUCACGUGAAUUCCGUGAAACUGUCGGCAUCUAACUUUAAGAAUGCACAGACUUUCUUGUCAUUUAAAUCUGAAAACUUUUGGGCAAUCACAUCGAAAAUUCGAAACUACAGCAACAGCAACGCCAAAGUCAACAGCUACGAUGACAGCAACGACAACAGCAGCAGCAACAGCAGCAACGGCAACAGAAACAACGAUAUACAUACGCACAUUACAAUGGCACAAGCAACAAAUUCUGAUAUUUGA